UUGCAUCGAAAGCCGUGCAGUGUAAGCACGAGUGGCCUUGAUGCUGUCCAAAUGAAAGGCUGAUCCACAAAGACCACCGCCUGAGCAAAAGGUCCCGAAAUCUGAGUCUGCGCUCGUCCGCUCAAAAUCUCACUCUCUCUUCUGCCGGCCUCGUCUUUUUCAAUUCUCUUUUGCGUCUUGCCAUUCUCUAUUUUCACUUUACUACGUACGCUCGUUCUGGCUGCAUCACUCAGCGUGUCAAUCAUGGGCAAUUCACUACGUUCACUCAUUUUGAGUGCAGGGAUGGCAGCCGGUGCUGCGCUGCAGGCUCGCAAUUCUUCAACAUCAUGGCAGUUUGAGAAUUGGGACGUCAUUGUUGUAGGUGCGGGUCCUGCUGGUAUCAUCGUCGCGGAUCGCAUGAGCGAGGCUGGCAAGAAAACACUUUUGCUCGAAGGUGGCGGCUCAUCCUAUGCUAUUACUGGAGGCACGGAGAGCCCUGCAUGGCUCGACGGAAGCAGCCUCAGUCGCGUUGACGUCCCAGGUCUAUACAAGUCAAUUUUCUCGGUGCAGGGUGAUCUGACGUGCCAAAAUUACACAACGGCGUUCGUCGGCUGCACGAUAGGUGGCUCAAGUGCAAUCAACGCCGGUUUGUUCUUUCAGCCACCAGCUUCGGACUUCGACGACUAUUUUCCAGCCGGGUGGAAGUUCAGCGACGUCAACGCUUCGAUUUCCAAAGUUUACGCUACCAUCCCAGCAUCUGACGUGUAUUCACAAGACAAGACGUUCUACCUGCAGACUGGAUACACCGCUGCCCGGAAAUGGCUCGUCGACGGUGCUGGCUUUGCAGACGUCGAUCUCAACAAAGAGGCGAACAACAAGUCGAAAGUUUUUGGUCGCCCGAUCUUUGACUACAUCGAUGGUCAGCGAGGUGGACCCGUUCGAACAUAUCUACAGACGUCAUUAAAACGUGACAAUUUCCACUUGCAGAUGAACACACGCGUCUUGCGUGUGGCUCGCAACGGCACGACCGCUACCGGUGUGGUCCUUGCUGCAGACAAUUCGACUGUCAAGCUUGCUCCCGGCGGCCGUGUCAUUCUGUCUGCCGGAGCCAUGCAGUCACCUCAGAUUUUAAUGUAUUCUGGCAUCGGGGACCCGAGCCUUCGACAAAACUUGACGGCGGGUGGUAUUCUGGAUGGUGUUAACGGGUGGAUCGACAACGCAGCUGUUGGUGACGGCCUGUUUGACAAUCCCAACACCUUCAUCGAGCUUGAAGGCCCAUCCAUAGAGUCCUACACGUACAGUUAUACGGAUCCCAUAUCCGAAGAUGCUCGUGCCUAUCUCGAUACCCGUUCUGGACCCUAUUCUUUCGCGUCUGAGACAAGUGCAUUCUGGGACUACAUCGAGAAUGCAGACGGAAGCAAGACCGCAUGUCAGGGGACCAUAGACUCCGCUGGCUACGGCAGCUACACAAACAAUAACACCAUCACACUCAAUGUGUACGGGACCUCCGGGCUCAAGUCGAAGGGCAAGGUUAUUCUCAACGAGAAAUAUCUGCCGAGCAACUCACCAGAAGUCUACUACAGUGACCCGCAGGAUGCGGAGGCCAUCGCACAAUUCAUUUUCAACAUCUUCCAGUCAUUGCCCGGCUCUGGAUUGACGCCGCUAAACAUCCAGGCAAACUGGACCAAGGACGAGAUCAAAGACUACAUUACGAGCAGCACGGAGUACACACGCGGCGCCGUGCAGCAUUGGAGCAGCUCGUGCCGAAUCGGCAGCUGCGUCGACGUCAACGCGCAGGUCGUGGGCACGACCAACAUUCACGUCGUCGACGCGUCAAUUCUAGAGCCGCUGACCGUCAAUCCGCAGUUUGGCACCAUGAUUGCCGCGGAGCACGCCUCAGAGCUAAUCCUCAAACUCAAGUAAGUGCCCAGAGAGCUCGUCAACGUCCACAUUCGUACUUUGGCAUAUUCGGGGUAUGUGAGGGGUAUCUAGGCCGAGAAGCACGCAGCACCCUUGUUUAUACUCAUGUCUCUGUAAAAUAACUAGCAUCCC